GAUAUUUAUUUAAUAUAUUUAUUUAAUUAAUAUAUUUAAUACAUUUGCUUUCUUAAGUAUAUUUGUUUUAUUUUAUAGAUAUUAAAUUUGCUCAUAUUUCACAUGAGAAAUAUUUUAAUGUAGUAAAACGUAGUUACCCGCCUAUCGACGGCGAGACUCGCAAAGCGAGACGAUUAAUCGAGACGGGCCGAAACGCCGAGCGUGAACGUCGUGUGCCGUGACUUUUACCCCCACGUCAUUUGACUGUCGCCUGACUAUAGACAGAAGUAAUUUCUCCCGAGCCAUAAACUUUUUCAAAGAAGCUUAUCAGUUUUAAGAUGCAGAAAUUUAAGAAAGCUCGAGUACAGAAACAGUCUAUCGAAAAGCAUUUGGAGACCAAUGAGUUAUUCAGUGAGGAGGAGGAUGACACAAAUGAGGAAGAUGUUCAAGAUGUAGUUGGCAAAGUAUUAUCGGCUUAUCAGGGACAGAGUACAGAUGCGGAGAAAGUAAUAUCGUAUCUAGUUAAUUUCUUUCAAAGCAGCACUUCUGUUUGCUUGAUAUGUAUAUCAACUGUCAAGAAGAUAGAUCCAAUAUGGAACUGCGACAAAUGCUAUGCAUUUCUACACAUGUCGCGUAUCCUAUACUGGAUCAAUGACAGUUUGAGCUACAAACGGGUUAAAGGAAUCACACCGAUCUGGGCAUGUCCAAAAUGCCGUAUGGAGUACGACCAAGAUCAGUUUCCAAGAUCAUACAAAUGCUUCUGUAAAAAGACCGUAAAUCCCCUGUAUACACCCUGGAUCAUUCCACAUUCUUGCGGCGAAACUUGUGGCAAGCUUCUGCAACCGGAGUGCGGUCACAAGUGUGUGCUGCUCUGCCAUCCUGGUCCGUGUCCACCCUGCGCCAAGAUAGUGUCGGCUAAAUGUUACUGCAGCAAACUACCGACACAACCGCGGCGUUGCAACGCCAAAAACUGGAGCUGUGGUAUUGCGUGCAACAAAAAAUACGAGUCUUGUCUGCACACUUGUAACAACCUAUGUCAUAUUGGAGAAUGUCCCCCUUGUGCAGAAGCAGUAUUACUGAAAUGUCAUUGUAAGAGUAACGAGAAGAUAGGAAAAUGCCACGAAGGCACGUGGAUCUGCGAGAAACUUUGCAACAGAAGAUUCUCUUGUAACGUACACAGUUGCAAGAGCACUUGUCAUUUACCCGGUGACUGCGGCAACUGUCCCCUGGAAAAGAAUAGAUGUUGCCCCUGUGGAAAGAAACGAUAUGAAAUUUCUUGCAGAUGGCAGCAAGUGCCAACGUGUGGCAAUACAUGUGGCAAAUUGUUGGACUGCGGCUCACAUUUUUGCAACACGAGAUGCCAUACCGAUCGCUGCGGCCAGUGCCUGGAAGUCGUAACAAAGGUCUGCAGAUGUGGUAGUUACAAGAAAGAGAUCGCCUGUACGAAAGAGUUCUACUGCAACAAGAAAUGCACACAGACACGCUUGUGCGGUAUACAUUUGUGCAAUAAGAAAUGCUGUGACUGCAUGUUGAAAAACACAUCCAAUCCCUGCGAGAAAAAAUGCGAGAAUACACUCAACUGUCGCAAACAUAAAUGCACCGCGCCUUGCCACAGCGAUCUUUGUUACCCAUGCACUAGAACGGACAUUAUACAGUGUCCAUGCGGCAGCAGUAAGAUAACGGUACCGUGCGGUACCAGGAAGAGGAUCAAACCACAGCCGUGUAACAAAUCCUGUAAAAUUAUAUUAUAA